AUGACCCGCCGAAGACUGGCCCUGGGCUUGGCGUUCUCCCUGCUCGUUGGCACAGGUCUCUGGGUCCUGUGGGAAUAUGUCAAGGACUGGAUGCUGGUCUCCUACAUACCCUAUUACCUCCCCGGUCCAGAGUUCUUGUUUGAUGCCAAAACCUCCUUUCCAUGCACGGACGGCCGCCAGGCGCUCCAGAGUGGAGGCUCCCUUUCCACUUUUUUCCAAAAAGGCAUCAAGAUGGGUGUCCUUCACAAGUCCCUUCACAAGCUGCCCUUCGGGCAGGAGAAACUGAUUCAGCCUGUGACACAGUUACAAUACCCUCAGCCUAAGCUGCUGGAACACGGACCCACAGAGCUGCUGACACUUACUCCCUGGUUGGCACCCAUCAUCUCCGAGGGAACCUUUGACCCAGAACUUCUGAAGAAUAUGUACCAGCCAUUGAACCUGACCAUUGGAGUCACUGUGUUUGCCGUGGAGAAGUACACCUGUUUCAUUCAGUCCUUUCUGGAGUCAGCUGAAGAGUUCUUUAUGCGUGGGUACCGGGUACACUAUUACCUCUUUACUCAGGAUCCUGCAGCCGUUCCCAGAGUUCCCCUGGGCCCUGGUUGGCUCCUCAGCAUCAUCCCCAUCCGUGGUUACUCCCAGUGGGAGGAGAUCUCCAAGCGCCGAAUGGAGACCAUCAACAAACACAUUGCCAAGAGGGCCCACAAAGAAGUGGAUUACCUCUUCUGUGUCAUGGAUGUGGAUAUGGUCUUCCGUAACCCAUGGGGCCCUGAGACCUUGGGGGAUCUAGUGGCUGCUAUCCACCCAGGCUAUUUUGCUGUACCUCGACAGCAAUUCCCUUAUGAACACUGGCAAGUUUCCUCUGCCUUUGUGGCAGACAGUGAAGUGGACUUCUAUUAUGGUGGAGCAGUCUUUGGGGGACGAGUGGCCAGGGUGUAUGAGUUUACCCGGGCCUGCCACAUGGGAAUCCUAAUGGACAAAGCCAACAGCAUUAUGGCAGCCUGGCAGGAGGAGAGCCACCUGAACUGCUACUUCAUCUGGCACAAACCAUCUAAGGUGCUGUCCCCAGAGUACCUCUGGGAUGACAGGAAGCCUGAAGAUGAUCCGAUUCUCCUCAGUGGAAAAGGAUACAACUGGCUGAGGAGCUAA